AUGACAAGCCCUCAGCAUCCGCCGCUGAGCUACGAGGCGUCUGCCACUACCACACAUCCCUACUUUGCAACCUGUCUCCCACAGGAAGUCGUCUCCUGCCUCAAGAACUCUAGAUUCCUCCACCUGGCAACCUGCGAUGGCCUCAAUCCCCACAUCUCCCUGAUGAGCUAUACAUAUCUCCCCUCCACGCCGUUCAACCCCACUCCGACCAUAAUCAUGACCACCAACCCAUCCUCCAAGAAGACACUCAACCUCCGCUCUAACCCGCGUGUUUCCCUCCUCGUGCACGACUGGGUCUCCCACAGGCCUCCUACCCGGGCUCGUGACGCAGGACGAGAAGGCUCACCUCCCCCCGCAGCCACACAGUCCAGUCUCGCGGCGUUACUGCUGAAUAUCAACACCAGCGCCAUGAGCAGCAUCAGUACCACGAUCAUUGGCGAGGCGCGGGUGCUAGAUUCAGGUAGCGAAGAGGAGAAGUGGUGCAGGGAAAGGCAUCUGGAGAAUAACACGUUCAUAGCGGACGAGGUGGGUCUCGGUGCGUUCAGUGGUGGCGACCAGGCACGGCAGGAAGGAGAAGGCGAGGAGAGACGGCCUUCCAUCAUCGAUGACGAUGUGAAUGUUGUGGUUGUUGCCGUCAAGGAAGGCAGGAUUGCCGACUUGAAGGGUGGAGUGAGGGAUUGGGCGGUCGUUUCGGAGGGGGAAGAGCGGCAGCAACCAAAUGGCAUAUACCCGUCAUGA